UGGUUGCCUUUGACACCAUACCACACGAUACGAAGACAUAGCCAGGUGCUGCAAAGUCGGCACAUUGUUUCACUUCGGAGAACCAAUGCCGUCAGGAAGCCCCAAGAGCUCCGAGAACCUGUCCCUGAUGGGCACCAGGUCGCCGGUGAGGUCGCCCGAAGAUGAGGAUGUCGCCUCCAGCAUGGGCAGGUGUUGUCAGACCUGCGCCUUCGUCUCGAUCACCCUGGUCGGGGCGGCGCUGUUGAUGCGGGCGGCACGGUUUCAGGACAGCCAGGUGUCGGCUGCGCCUGUUCAGCGGCAGUUCCUGCCAGCCCCGGAGCUAGAAAGAGUCCAAGGAGUUAUUGACGUGAGGCCUUUGCAGCCUCGACAGCAGCACGGACAAGUGCAGGUGGUCGAUGAUGUGGAUGACAGCCACAGCUGGCACUGGCAAGGCAGCAGCAGAUAUGCGCCAUCCACGGCGUCAGUGUGCUACUAUGACUACGAGGGAUUCGCCGCUGACUGCUUCUGCAAGUUGGCCAACAACAAGGUGUGCCGUAGCAAGAGCUGUGCGUGUUCGCAGGGCUGUUCUUCGAGCCUCACCUGGAGGCACAAAAGCAGCACGACCUUCAAAAACAUCAAGUACGCAACAGGAUGCCAGAAGGAAGACUCCACCGCCUUGCUGACAGUGCCGGAGUCUUUCUUCGCGGACAUCCGACACUUGAAAACAUGGUGCCCUCAAGGCGCUCAGAAGCUGCUGGCGGAGAUGUUCCGCGCGAGCUUCCAGACCUUCCGCGAGGUGGUGGGCGAAGGCCCUGCUCGCCAAUGCAUGCACGCUGCGCAACUGGUGAGUGUCCCAUGGCUUCACCUGCACACGCUGUGUGCCGAUGGCCACAUCGACGGCCUUCCUGGCAGUCCGACCAUGGGCUGGUGCGGCACCAUGCACUCCAGCCAUGACGCGGAGCCCUUGGCGGCUUCGGCCAUGCUUUGGGCGGAGCGCUUGUACGGCGUCCGCAGCCAGAGUUUGCCCUCUUCGUGCAGCGAAAUGGGCUGCGGCAUUGCGGGCAUAGGUGGCAGGUGCUCUUGCAAGAGCGACUGCCAAGUGCACACCAACUGCUGUGAUGACUUCAGCUCAAUUUGCAGACCAUGAUGCAUUUGAAGUGACGAUGAC